GUACUGGUGACUGGACGUGUGCAGUGCGCGUCAGGCGGUUCCCGGAUGCACCAAACAGAAACAUGGAACGGGUGGUGGUGGAAGUCCCGAUCAACAACGGCUCUAUCUAUUCUAUUCCCAACUUCAGGUUUUUCCCUCGCCGGCCCCUCCACGACCCCACGAAAGCGCCAGGUGCGUUUCUCAGCGCGGCAUGACAUCAUCCUUCUGCGGGAGGUUAUUGCCCAGAACCCGUUUGCCUCCAAAGAGCCAGGACGGAUCUGGGCCCGUGUUGGGGAGAUCAUCACUGCAGCCCUUCAAGAUGAAAACUUUGAGGUGGAUGCCAGGAGGUGCAGGGAGAGGACCAUGCUGCUGUUGGACUACUACAAGAAACAAGACUUCCCCAGUCUGCGCAGAUUUGGAACGGAGAGGUUGUACGCCCAAAAGGAAGAUCUGCUCCAUGAAGGUUUUGGAGCUGGAGGCUGAGAAGGGGCUCUUGGCCGGCGGUGAAAACACAAAGUACCAGGAUGAUGAACUGAGAAAACGAGCCAUAGAAGAACUAACUCUACCAGAGCAGGACAAACCCAACAUCACCAUCACACAAACACCCACUGCAGCAGAACCAGAAGAAGACCGAGAGGAAAUGGCAGAGCUUUCAGCUGCGCCCACAGCCAAGCGGCCGUGCCAGUGCUGCUGCCAGACAUACUCUGAGAUUCUCAGUUUUCUGGAGAAACGCUCAGAGGCAGAGCAGCGGCUACGAGAGGAGGAGCUUUCACUGCGCCGGGAGGAGUUGGAGAUUCAAAGGAGUAAGAUCGCUCUGGAGAGGGAACGUCUGGCAGCUGAGAGAAAAGAGAGAGAACGGAGAUUUGAGCUGGAGAGUCAAGAGAGGCAGGUCAUCUUGGACCUGCUAAAAGAAAAGGUGCUGAAAGGCUGAAACACUGUUAUCACCUGCAUUUUAAUGCAAUCUUUUAAAAGAAGUCAAAGCAUGAAAUAUGGGAAAACAAGAUAGUUGAUCGCUUAAAAGAGGAAGGAAACCAAGGAAACAGGAAGUGAAAAAAAUCAAUGAUUGUAGGUUUUUACGUGCAGGUCAUUGUUAAAUAACCAGACAAAAGGGAGGGCAGUAAUACAGGAUUUGCAUAUGCCACAACAGCCAAACAAAUGACUAAUCUUGGGAGUGUCCAGGCGUACAAAGUACCAAAAAAAGAUAUUAACCUGCUGACCCAUAUCAAUCCCAACAGACACUCCCUGUGUGUUAUUACUCAUGGCACAAUCUGAAUGAAUUGCUGCAAUUGAUGGAGUAUCACCUAAGAAAUGGAAUGCAGAAAAGGGUGUGGUGCUGUGUCUUAGGUGUGUUGAGCCAAAUCAGUGGCUCAGUUUUUCAAUUCGAUGAUAUUUUGAUUAAAAUAGAAGCAAAACUACAGUGUAUUUUACUGACUGGUAAGCACUUUUAUACUGCAUCAAUUCCCGCCAUUAAUUGAGCGUCCAUAUUCUAGAGAUUAUACAGAAACAACUUUUUUAACUGAUGUCUUAGGUGAUCUACAGUCAUGUUGCUAUAAGAUAGUUAUUAGUCAAAUGUAUGCCCUCAGUUUAAUGUGUUAUACCCAGGUAUAGUUAACUGUCAUUGGUUAAAGUUGCAAUAUUACAUAAACAUGGAAUUCAUGACAGGAACACUUUUUUAUUACAUGUUCUACUGACUUAUUACACUUGUUACGGUGACCUUAUGUAUAUUGUUCAUAAAAAUGCUAUUUUUCUUGAAGUCCACAUAGCAUAUCCUAAGUUAUAUAAAAUGAAAGAAUGUAAAGAAAAACUUGCUAAUUUCUAUUCUGAAAAUAAAUAAAAAAUGU